CUAUCAUAUGUCAAAUUUUGGUGUUUAUGUUUAUAUGUAUAGUUAUUCCAGUAUUCUUCAAAAAACUAAUUAUCAUUAGAUUUCACAACUAUAACUUUCAAUAUGGAUGAUGAUGAUUACUGGAACACUAGUGAAACAAAGGCUAAAGCGUUUAGUUUUGACGACGAUGUACUUUCACCGCAAGAGAUAUUAGCCAUUGGACAGAAGCCGUAUUCAGGAUCUGGCGAAGAAGGAAUACUCAAUUCAAAUAUUAGCAAUAUUAAACCAGCUUUAGUGCCAAUAUCAAGCUUAGUAUCAUCCAAGGUCUUGGAUCUAUUGGUACUCGCACAAUCAGGGAAGGAUAUAAAAGGUAAAUCAGAGCCAGAAGAAACAGUUGCCAUAACAUUAAAAAGACUUGUCCUUGGGCGUAGUUAUGCAUUACAUGUACACAAAAGUCUUAAAAGUAAAACUGAACUGUUAGAUGGAGCGGUUGCUAUUGGAGAUGGUAAUGCCAUACUUACUAUUGUAUUAUUUCUAAUACAAACAUUAAACAAGAAAAUUGUAUAUGAAUUAUUAUCAUCACGACCUUUAGCGCUCAGUCAUUAUAUAGGUAAUCUGCAAUCAGAGGGAAAGAUAUCCGAACUAACAGACUUGCUGACAAUGCUAGGACGGAGUUCAGAUUCAGCUAUUUAUCAAUUUCAACAUACAGUAAAGAAUCAAGGCAACAAUGUGGAUAGCUUGCUGAAGAAAACUAACAAUUUGUUAGCAAAUCACUUCAACCAGCCCGGAGUUGACGCACACCAAACAAAGAUGGUUGCGGAUUACGUCAAAUUAUUAGAAUGGCAGAGUUUCGCAAAGAAGAGUGAGUUGAACAACAAGUCGUCACUGGAGUGCCUCGCGCACUGCUGCCGCCUGCACUGGGCGGAGGGCGCGGGCCACAUCAUGUCACCUCUCACUUUGUGCCAGCGGCAACAGAUCAGCCCCCUUCAGUACGAGUGGGUAGUCUUGAAUGUGCACGCAAACGCUAACAAAUGGGAUAUAGUUGAAUCACUAUUCACUAAAAAGGACUGGUUGGGACGUACCACUUUGUCAAGUCACAUCCCAGUAGAGCGGCUGCUGUCGCGGCUGAGCGAGGAGCGCGCGCGCGCCCUGCUCGCCGCCGCGCUCGCCACCCUGGCCACCGACGAAAGACUGAGACUAGCAUAUAAGUAUAAGGUACAUUCUGUGGUAAUAGAAACCCUCGCUAAACAGAAAGAUCGCACCGCGCUCACCAACUACAAAAUGACUCUCAGCCCGCAGACUGAAGACUACAUUUAUGCUGAGAACACUUUGAGAGACUCAUCUAUAAAGUGGAAGAAUUAAAUCUAU